AUGGGUGAGGAGAACUGCAGCACUGUGACAGAGUUCAUUCUACUCGGAUUAUCUGAUGACCCUGAGCUGAGAGUCUUCCUUUUCCUGCUGUUCCUUCUCAUCUACGGAGUCACAGUUUUGGUCAACCUGGGCAUGGUUGCACUGAUUCGAGUCAGCUCUCGACUCCACAGCCCCAUGUACUUUUUCCUCAGCCACUUGUCCUUUGUGGAUUUCUGCUAUUCCUCAACCAUUGUGCCAAAGAUGUUGGCUAAUAUGUUAAACAAGGACAAAGCCAUCUCCUUCCUGGGGUGCAUGGUGCAAUUCUACUUGUUUUGCACAUUUGCAGUCACUGAGGUCUUCCUGCUGGCUGUGAUGGCCUAUGACCGCUAUGUGGCCAUCUGUAACCCACUGCUGUACAUGGUCACCAUGUCCCAGAAGCUCUGUGUGGAGCUAGUUUCUGGCUGCUACCUCUGCGGAACAGUGUGUUCUCUGAUCCACUUGUGCUUGGCUCUUGAGAUACCCUCCUCUAAAUCGAAUGUUGUUAACCACUUCUUUUGUGAUCUACCACCUAUCUUUUCUCUUGCCUGCUCUGACGUGUUUAUUAAUGAACUCAUGGCAUUUAUUGUGCCCACUUUCAAUGAGAUCAUCACCAUCACGAUCAUCCUCAGCUCCUACUUGUUUAUUCUCAUCACCAUCCUGAGGAUGCGCUCGGCAGAGGGAAGGUGCAAAGCUUUUUCCACCUGUGCCUCCCACUUCACAGCUGUCGUUGUCUUCCAUGGAACAAUCCUUUUCACUUAUUGCCGACCCAGUUCAGGCGAUGGUGGGGAUGCUGACAAAGUGGCCACAGUGCUCUACACUGUAGUGAUUCCCAUGCUGAACCCCCUGAUCUAUAGCCUGAGGAACAAGGAUGUGAAAGAAGCUCUAAGAAAAGUAGUGAGGUUCAAAUUACCUUCUGAGGACCUAUUUUUUUUAGGUGGAUUCAGGGUUGCAAAAGGGGCCUCUAAAGGGUGUUGA